CACAAUGCCGAUUUCUUUUACAAUAUUGGCAAAGGUUGCCUGCUAUUGUGAUUAUAGAGCAACGUUCAUUGAUGGGUCGAAAAUGUAUUUAUUUGUUAAAUAACUUUGGUAUAGUUCAGAUCAUAUACCAUAUAUGAUGCCAAAAAAUUUAUGAAAUAUUACUAACCUUUUAUCUGCGCAAUACGAUGUGGUAUAAUAAAUAGAAUUGUCAUUGCAAAUAAGUAAUCAACCUGCAAUGCAAAAUAGUGGUAUUUGUGAUAUAAGCAGUUUUCAAGAACGGCUCAUACGAUGGGCGAAACUACGCGUAGCUAUGGUAUAGUGUUGGGAGCUUUGGCAUCUUGGUCUGCGGCUAUACUAUUCAAUUGGGAUCCGUUACUAUUUUAUUUAGUACAUGUACUGACAUGGUUUUUAUCCGACUGGAUACUACAUUUUAUUGUACAGAAUGGGUCAUUAUCAUUCCAUAACUUUGAAUUUGUUGUUGGUUGGCUUUUGAGGGAAAUAAGUGGACCUUACCUGUUCCUGCAUUCGUUUUGGAAUCCAGCAAUAAGGUGGCGUAGGCCUGCAGUAAGGUGGAAUUGCGUAUAAGUUGCCGUCAGUCAUUAUAAAUUUGAGUACAAAACGUCUACUAUUAUCAUAGCAUAAGAUAACAAAACUAUGUUAUCUACAUUUUAGUUCAAAGCUAGUGUUUCUGUUUUUGGUUUUCUAGGAAUGUUAAAUAAUUUUAA